AUGUAUAUGAAAAAAGACUCAUAUAAACAUUAUUACAAGAACGUACAUAAGUAUUCAAACAACACGGGGAAAUCAAAGAAACUAUUUAGUGCUCAGAGAAUUAAAAAUUUAGCUAAAGAUAAAAAAUUAUUAGACGAUGCUUUAUUAGAUUGUUAUGGGCGAUUCAUAGCUUUACUUCCAGAAUUUUUAUUAAAAGACCAUGUGCAUUUAUAUUUUCAAAUUCAAGAAGCUUAUUGGUGGUAUGAUGAUAUGUGGCAAGACAAAUAUCCUGAUAAAUUACCAAAAUUAAGUUUAAAGACAUUUGGCUAUUUAAUAUGUGAUGAUUGUCCAAUAUUAAAAAAAUAUGUACCCCCUUCAGCUCAUGAAAAAUUUUCAUUAAAUUGGAGACGAUAUUGUAGAACUAUACCUUUAAGAGGAGCAAUUUUAUUGAAUCACAAUUUAAAGAAAUGCUUAUUAGUAAAAGGGUGGAGUACAGAUAAUUGGUCUUUUCCCAAAGGUAAAAUUGAUGAACUCGAAGAAGAUUCGGUUUGUGCUUGUAGAGAAAUUUAUGAAGAAAUAGGAAUAGAUAUAUUUCCAUAUAUAGAUGAGCAGGUGUACAUAGAAACACAUAUUGAAGACCAACCAAUUAAAUUAUUUAUAAUACCUGGUGUAAAGGAAGACACACAAUUUCAACCCAAAACAAGGAAAGAAAUAGGAGCGAUUCGAUGGUUUGAAAUCGAAAAAAUAGAAAAAUUUUUCUUUUAUAAAAAUUAUAAAGGAAAAGGAUAUAAUUUAUUAUUUGAUAACAAAAAAGAACGUAUUAAUGCUUCAGUGGUUUGUCCUUUUAUACCAAACUUAAUAAAAUGGAUAGGAAUACUAAAAAAAUGCAUAAAUGGAAAAUCUUUAGAUGAAAAUGCAUAUGUAUCAAGUAGUAUACUGUCUUAUAGGUAUCAAAUAACUGGAAUUGAUGCAAAUAUUAUUAAAAGUCUUCAAAAGGUCGACGCAGAUUCAACUGAAAUGAUAAAAACCGCUUUACCUAAAAGUGAUGAUGAAUAUUUUGAUGGUUAUUAUGAUAAUUCUGAAUAUGUAGCAAAAGAUGCGAAAAUGAUGGAAUAUAAUAACAAAGAGCAAACCGAAUUAUCAGGAAAAAAUGAAAACAAUUAUAAUGAAAUAAAUGAUUUAUUAAAAACAUGCAUGAAAAGUAAGGAUAGCAAUCGAAAUAUAGAAAAAAAGGGAGGAAAUAAUAUUUUGUAUAUGAAUGGGGGAAAAAAUGUUCAAAGCGAUUCGCAUCGCAAUGAUAUACAUAAUGAGACUGUUAAUCAUACUAUUUCCAAUGAGCAUAUUAAUGAAAAAAAAGAAACCUUUCCAAUUUUAUUAGAAAAAAAAAGUAUAGGGAAUUUAAAAAUAUAUGAACAUGUAGAAAGUUAUAGUGAUGAAUCAAUGGAUUUUUUAAAAAAGGGAGAUGGUGUAAAAGAUUAUCUAAAAGUUGUACAUUCUUCUACGGCUAUGAAUGAUAUGCUAAAAUUUUUAGAAAAUGAUGAACAGGAAAACAGUUGUAAUGAUGGUAAUAAGAGUGAGAUCCCCAAAAUUUAUAAUAAUAGAAAUAUAUCCAAUACAAAUAAUACUGAUGAGACUGAUGACGACUACAGUAAUAACAGUAACAAAAUUAAUGAGAAUAAAAUGGGUAUUAAUAAAAAUGGCGGUGAAAAAAAAUUAAUUAAAGAUGGAAGUAAAGCACUUGGCAUAGGAAACAAUAAUUAUCGUGAUAAUAUGAUAGUAGCGAAUAAUGAUUGCAAAAGUACUUUAGUAAAGUAUGUUAGCAAAGAUGUAAAAGGUAUGGAUUAUAAUAAAAAAAAAAAAAUAAGUAUUAGUAGUAAUGGAAGCAUUAGUAAUAAUAAAGGGAACUAUGAAAAUUCUAGGAAUAGCCGAAAUGUUAAGAACGGUAGAAACAAUAAGCAUAAUAAUAUAUAUGGAUAUAAUUUAAAUAAUAAUAAUUAUAACUAUUAUUACAAUAAUACGAAGGAAUAUAAUACAGCUAUGAAAGGUGGCAAUUUGGAUUAUUACGAUCGAAAAUACCGAUAUAAUUUUAAUAAAAUAAAAACGGGUCAUUUAUCAGCUUUACGAUUGAAAGAAGUAGGUUUAAGAAGUUUUGAUGAUCAAGACAUAGAUAAAAGGAAAAAAUUGCAUUUACAUAUAUAUGGAAAUAAAAAAAAAUUAUAUAAAACAAAUAAAGAUUUAUAUAGAUAUAAUCAAAAAAGCAUGAAAACUGGGUACAAAUCAUUAGAUGAUGAAUCAGUUCAUUAUAUGCAAAUAAAACAUAAAACAAAAGAUGCGUGUAAUGAUAAAACUUUUGGUUACAAUCAUUCAAAUGGCUGGAGUCCCGAGGAUAUGUUUAAAUUAAAUGAAGAAAAAUUCGGUGUCCAUUCGACUUAUAAUAUAGAUAAAUAUACUACUCCAUUAAUAUAUAAUGAAGAAUGUGAAUCACAAGUUAAUAAAAUUGCGAUGCAAAAAAUAAAUUUUAAUCAGAAAUUAAAAAUGUGUAAAAAUGGAAAUGAUCAUGGAAAUAAAUUAAUUACAAUAGCCAAAUCUAAUAAUAUAAAACCUACUAUCACUAUUAAUAAUCAUACUAAUGAUCAAGAACCAAUUAAGGAGGGAACAAAUAGAAAGGGUGUCAUGGUGAAUCGGGACGAGCAUAAGCAUUCAUUAAGUAAUGGGAAUGGUGCAUAUGGAAUUUUGUCUAAAAACCCUUUGAGUACUGAACCUGAUUUUAGCAGCAAUAAUAAUAAUAGUAUUAGUAAUAAAAAUUGGAAUAAUAAUGGUGCUGAAGGUAAGGAAGUAGAGUCCCUAAAUAAUGCUUGCUAUAAAAAUGAGAUAAAAAGAGAAGAUACUGACAAUAACAUACUUAAUAGUAAUGUAUCAAUUUUAAAAGACACUUGUGAAAAUAGUUAUUUUCAAAAUAAGAAUGAAAAAAAUAGUAUAUAUAAUUCUAAAAUUGGUAAAUUGGAAUCGUCUUAUAAUAGUAAUGGUGAUAUUAUAAAAGGUCUUAAGCAAAAAAAUGAAAAAUGCCAUAUCAAUUAUGAUAAUACAGAUGAGGAUAUGGAAAAUAUGAGAAGUGCUAAUGAAAUACUCAGAGAGCAAUUUAUUCAAAAAUUUAGAAAGGAAAAAGCUGGAAUAUUAAACAGAAUGGGUUCUUUAUAUAUGAAAAAUGAUGUAAUGAGAACUGUUGGUAGCGAAAUGAAUAGCAAUAAGAGGGAAUUAGUCAAGGCUAUUAUAAAUAAUUAUUAUAAAGAAAAGGGGGUAAUAGAAGGUAAAGAAAUUAGAGAGAAAGGGAAAUCAGAAAAUUCUGUAGAUGCUCGAGUAUGUCCAGAAAGCACAGAAGAUAUAGCAGACAGGAGAUACAAAUUGAAACAAAUUUUGAAUGGAGGAAUGAAAAAUAUGAAUUUAGAAAACGAUACUAUGAAUGAAAUAAUAAAUAAGAAUAUAAUUAAUAAAAUAAAUCACCAUGAAAUGAAUAAAGGUAUUAAUAAUAUUGGAAGUAAUAUGAACAUUGGAGAUAUUAUGACUGUUAAUAAAACCGCAAUAAAUAAUGAUGAAAAUGUAAAAAUGGUAAAUAGAAAAAAUAUGAAUAUACCCAAUAUAAAUGAUUAUACAGAAAAAAUAAAAGAAAAAAUAAAUUCUCAAAAUGUAGAAUAUAUAAAGGAGAAGCUAGAAAAUGGGUUUUUAAAGGAUAAUAAUUCAGGUAAAUUUUUAUUAGACUUAAUUAAAGGAACUAAAAAAAAGAAAAUGACGGAUGAAAACGUUUUCGAUUCGAUUAAUAACUAUAAUAAGAAUUGUAUGCCAGAAAAUAUCAAAAUUUUAAGCGAACAAGAUAUAUUAAGUAAAUACUACAAUAAGGAAGAUACUAAGGAUGAUAUAAAUAAUAAUAUUGAUGCUGUGAAUUAUGCUAUUAAUAAAGUUGGUUGGCAAAGGAAUGCUAAAGAUGAGGAAAUAAGGAAUAAAAAACAUGACGAUAUUGAAUUUGUAUCUAAAAUCAAUAAUAGUAAAAACGCACAAGCUUCUUCUAUUAAUACAAAUCAUAAUUUUAAUGAAAUAGCUAUGAUUGAAAAGCUAUCGAAGCAUUUAAACAGUUAUAAUCCUUAUGAAUGA